AUGAAGGAGUCGUGCUCCCAGGAUCGUCCCGCACUGGUGGCCGUCGUUCUUCUGCUCAGAACAGGUGCCACGUUGCAGCGCGGUUCGUCGUCGUCGGAGAAAAAGAGACGGAAUAAGCAAUCCCCGCAACCCCACCAGCACCCAACAGAAGUCGAGAUAGAGUCGGAGAAGCGCAGGUCAAGAGAAACGCCACCGAAGAGGCGGUCAAAAGAAACUGUAUCCUCGCACUCGCCUCGUCAGGAACGUAGGACUCCUCGCCAUGGAGAAUCGUACCGGCCUUCUUUGAAUGUACAGCCAGAAAGUCGGAACUCUUCCCAGGAGAUGCUGUUAAAUCCACGUCCUCAUAGAAGCCAGCAUCACAGGCAGCGUCAUCCAAAACAUACAUCCCAGAGUACCCUGCGUGGUCGCGGCGAGAAGCGCGAUCCCCCUCGAAAAUCCAAGUCCAAGAGAAGUCUACAGCAUCAAAGUCCCCGAUCAGCCUGGUCUUUCCUGAUUCCUUCUCCCCCACCCAAGACGCCCUCUAGGUCUAACAACCGGAGUCAUCGAAAUUACGAAACAUUGCACUCUUCUCCAAGAAGCAACCAUCAAAGUCGAAGCCAUCAACGCCCCGCUCAACAGUACCAGCACCAAGGGACCUCGCAAUCAUCCCAAACUCAACGCCACCACCGGUCACCACGAUCAAUGACUCCCAAUACAGCUGCGCGCCGGACGCCCGACCGUCGUUUUGCUGUGCUUGCCGCAACGAACCAAGCGCUUGAGGACCUUCGCCGUGAGGCGUUUGCACAGCCUUCGCCUCCGCCACGGCGCGAACGCGUGCAACGUUACCAAGGAACCAAUCUUCCCACCUCUUCCAUCCCCUUCAACUGGGACUGCAUUAGUAGCUCCCAGACAUCCGCCGGCGGAGAAUCGAGCACGAGAUACAACAGGCGCUCUAGGAGAUGA